CGUAUUUAUCAUUUUCAUUCGUCCGAUCCGUCAGAGUAAGAAAAUUGUAAGAAUAUUUAGCAAAAAAUACCUAAAUUUGAUCAGGAAUAAAAAUGGCAAGCAGAGAAGCAGCUAAACAAGUCCUGAAACAAGUGAAACCGAUUCUUUCUACGGAUAAAGAAGAGGCCCGGAAGAGGGUCCUAAAUUUAUACAAGGCAUGGUAUCGUCAGAUUCCUUACAUUGUUAUGGACUUUGAUAUACCUAAAAACGAAAGACAAUGCCGGGAGAAGUUAAAAGAGGAGUUCGUGAAAAACAAAGAUGUUUCUGAUAUUCGCGUUAUUGAUAUGCUUGUCAUCAAAGGACAAAUGGAAUUAAAGGAAGCUGUAAACAGUUGGAAACAAAAGCACCAUAUAAUGAAGUACUGGAAAGAAACUUGGGAACCGAAACCAACAGACUUUCUAUCCAAAUUUUUCUCGGGACACAAUUAAAUUAGUACUUUUUUUGUUCGAUGACCGUAAAAUCAACUAAAAUAGUAAACAAAGAAUAAAAAUGCUCCGAUUAUUUUAACUUCAUGUA